UUGCCCGCUCAACAUUUGUCUGCCAACAGGAAGCCCUUUCUUGCCCCCGUCCGAAGCUCUCUGGGGCCAGCUGCGGCCGUGAAGGUGCAGGGCAUUCAGGCAGGCCAGCCGGAUGAGUGGGGAGUGGGGGCACCGGGGCCAGACCCUGAUCUGGGUUGUUUGGGUCCUUACAGCUGCCACCAAGGGGCCAGCCGCGGACGCACCAGUGAGGAGCACCAGGCUGGGGUGGGUCCGGGGGAAGCAAGCCACUGUGCUGGGAAGCACCAUGCCUGUGAACGUGUUCCUCGGGAUCCCCUAUGCUGUGCCCCCUGUAGGACCCCUGCGAUUUAAGAAACCAAAGCCUGCCUUGCCCUGGAAUGACUUCCGAGAUGCCACGUCCUACCCUAAAUUGUGCCUCCAGAACUCAGAGUGGCUGCUCUCAGAUCAACACUUUCUCAAGGUGCAUUACCCCAAAUUGGAAGUGUCUGAAGACUGCUUGUACCUUAACAUCUAUGCGCCGGCCCAUGCGAACAAGGGCUCCAAGCUCCCUGUCAUGGUGUGGCUCCCUGGGGGCGCCUUCGAGACUGGCUCAGCCUCCAUCUUUGACGGGUCCGCCCUGGCUGCCUACGAGGACGUGCUGAUUGUGACGACCCAGUACCGACUAGGAAUAUUGGGUUUCUUCAACACAGGGGACCAGCAUGCUCCAGGGAACUGGGCCUUCCUGGACCAGAUGGCUGCCUUAACCUGGGUCCAGGAGAACAUCGAGUUCUUCGGUGGGGACCCACGCUCUGUGACCCUCUUUGGCGAGUCAGCGGGAGCCAUAAGUGUUUCCAGCCUUAUUCUGUCCCCCAUGGCCAAUGGCUUAUUCCACAGAGCCAUCAUGGAGAGUGGGGUGGCCAUCAUCCCUUUCCUGAGGGCCCCCGAUGAUGAGAGGAAUGAAGAUUUGCAGGUGGUCGCACGCAUCUGUGGCUCCAACGCGAUGGACUCGGAGGCCUUGCUGCACUGCCUGAGGGCAAAAUCCCCCGCGGAGCUGCUGGACAUCAACAAGAAAACCAAGUCUUUCACUCGAGUGGUUGAUGGUUUUUUCUUUCCUGAUGAGCCUCUAAACCUACUGACUGAAAAAACAUUUAAUCCAAUUCCUUCUGUCAUCGGAGUCAAUAACCACGAGUGUGGCUUCCUGCUGCCCAAGAAGGAAUUUCCCGAGAUCCUCGGGGGCUCCAACAAGUCUCUCGCCCUGCACUUGCUACACACAGUCCUGCGCAUCCCCAACCAGUAUUUAUAUCUUGUGGCUGAUCAGUACUUCUCCAACAAGCACUCCCCGGCUGAGAUACGAGAUAGUUUUCUGGACUUGCUUGGAGAUGUGUUCUUUGUGGUCCCUGGGCUGGUCACAGCUCGAUAUCACAGAGAUGCUGGCGCACCUGUCUACUUCUACGAGUUUCAACACGGGCCCCAGUGCUUAAAGGACAGAAGGCCGGCUUUUGUCAAAGCUGAUCACUCUGAUGAAAUCCGCUUCGUCUUUGGAGGUGCCUUCCUCAAAGGCGACGUCGUCAUGUUCGAAGGAGCCACGGAGAAGGAGAAAUUGCUGAGCAGGAAGAUGAUGAGGUACUGGGCCAACUUUGCGCGGACCGGGGACCCUAACGGAGAAGGCCUGCCCCUGUGGCCAGCCUACAGCCAGAGCGAGCAGUACCUGAAGCUGGACUUGAAUGUGAGCGUGGGACAGAAACUGAAGGAACGGGAGGUGGAGUUUUGGUCAGAUACCCUCCCUCUGAUCAUGUCCCCUUCCACAGCCCUCCCGGGUCCUCCUCCCCCAUUACUCUCCCUUUCUCUGCUCCUACCUUUCUUCUCUGCUCCCUGAGGAAUUGUAUGUGAUUUUGAUUUUCCUUCUGCAGUUUCCCCCACGAUCAUUAGCUCCAUUUUUGUGUUUAGCUACUUUGUGAAAUCAGCUGCUUUUACUGAUGUUUUAUGGAUGUGGGGAUGAUCCCUGGCGGACUUCUUUUCGGUAUCAAACAAAGCUGCUUGCCUUGGAACACUA